AUGAGAGAAGAAGAGGAGGAAGACGAGGAGGAAGACGAGGAGGAAGACGAGGAGGAAGACGAGGAGGAAGACGAGGAGGAAGAAGAGGAGGAAGAAGAGGAGGGAAAAGAGGUGGGAAAAGAGGAGGGAAGAAGAGGUUGGGAAGAAGAGGAGGGAAAAGAGGAGGAAAAAGAGGAGGGAAAGAGGGAAGAAGAGGUUGGGAAGAAGAGGUUGGGAAGAAGAGGUUGGGAAGAAGAGGUUGGGAAGAAGAGGUUGGGAAGAAGAGGAGGAAGAAGAGGAGGAAGAAGAGGAGGGAAAAGAGGAGGGAAGAAGAGGUUGGGAAGAAGAGGGAGGGAAAAGAGGAGGGAAAAGAGGGAAGAAGAGGUUGGGAAGAAGAGGUUGGGAAGAAGAGGAGGAAGAAGAGGAGGGAAAAGAGGAGGAGAUUGA